AUGGAACUUAAUUUAUCUAAGAAUGUAAUCUCCUGUGGUGAUCCAGGUGGAAUGAAUUUGGACAGAAUUCCGGAGGCGGUGAGACCCCCGCCGCCGCGCGACAUGGCUUCUACCUUUCACUUGCCGAGAACUUCGAGCGGCACGCGAGAAACAUUAGAAAAUUCAAGCAGCGAAUCAUCAGAUACUGAAAUAGCAGAAAAGGAAAGGAGCGUGGAGCACCGAAGUGACGAUGGAAACGGCGACGACCCGAAGAAGAAAAAGCAAAGGCGACAGCGCACUCACUUCACCAGUCAGCAGCUGCAGGAACUGGAGGCCACCUUCCAGCGUAACCGCUACCCAGACAUGAGUACGAGAGAGGAGAUCGCCGUAUGGACCAACCUCACGGAGGCCAGGGUCAGGGUGUGGUUUAAAAAUCGCAGGGCCAAAUGGAGGAAGCGUGAGCGCAAUCAGCAGAUGGACUUGUGUAAGAACAGCUACCUGCCCCAGUUCAGCGGUCUGAUGCAGCCGUACGAUGACAUGUACCCCGCCUACACUUACAACAACUGGACAAAUAAAGGACUGGCUCCGGCCCCGUUGUCCACCAAGAACUUCACUUUCUUCAACUCAAUGAGUCCGCUCACUUCCCAGUCUAUGUUCUCGGCCCCGAACUCCAUCUCUUCGAUGAGUAUGGCGUCCGGCAUGGGACAUAGCGCCGUACCUGGCAUGCCAGCCUCGGGCUUGAACAACAUCAGCAAUCUGAACGGCAUAAGCAGCUCCUCUAUCAAUUCCGCCAUGUCUUCGCCCACCUGCCCGUAUGGACCCCCUGGCGGCCCUUACAGUGUGUACAGAGACACUUGUAACUCAAGCCUGGCGACGCUCAGACUGAAAUCAAAGCAGCACCCUACGUUUGGAUACAGUGGGUUGCAAAGUCCUGGUUCGAGCCUAAACGCUUGCCAGUACAACAGUUGA